AUGGAUGGCGAGUUUGUCGAGGUCACGUUCGAGGAUUUCACCUCUACCUAUCUUCCUUUCGAGCCUCAAGAGAAUGAAGUAGAGGCGGCGGUCGACAGGCUGCUGCUUCCGGUGGAAUCUCCCAGUUCCACUGCCACUGCCAUUCCCACCACCGACAGCCACAUCGACCAACCCCUUCGCCGUUCGGCGCGUCAAAAUCCCAGGAAACAAACGGCUGAGCGCGAGGAACCGACCAGCAUCUUGGAGCAGACUUUUGAUGGCCUUCGCUUUGGUCAUUAUCGUCAAGCUCCCGGCGGUGCAGGUCUGACAGAGGAAAAAUCGUUCUCCUCCAUCGCAAAAAUAGCGACCGCCGUUGCUGAGGGACCAGCGCCGGCCGGGCGAGAACGUAACUCUUUCGUCUAUGUGGAUUGCCCUCGAAGAAAGAUCCGAGGGCGCAACCAUGGGUCGAACAACCUUAUCGAUAGCGCGAUGGCGUCAGGAGCUGCCACGUUGGGGGCUCUCGACACUUCGAAGAUUGCUCUCGUGGGCGAAUACAAGCUACACUGCGUCGAUAAGAUCAAGAACGCGAGGGAGGCGGUCUCCGCCAACGUUCAAAUCAUGAACGACGAUGUACGACGCACUCAUUGCUACGGGAUGACCAUCGAAGACGACCAAGUCAGGCUGUGGUUCCAUUGUCGAUCCCAUUCGGCUGUGUCCGAGCCGUUCAGUUUUGUCAAGGAGCCUAAGAAAUUCAUCAAAGUCCUCCUAUCAUUUCUUUUUGCAACGGAGGAAGAACUGGGCUACAACCCAAAGGUCACUCGCGUCAACGACGGUUACAUUUUCGAGCUGAACGGCACGGACAGUACUCGCUUCUUCCGCACACAAGGUGCUCCUCUCUCCGAGUACCGCUCCAGCAACAUUACAGGUCGGAUGACUCGUGUCUGGAAGGUGGUUGAGGUCAUAUCGAAUUCCGAGAACGCUGCGAAGAUCGGGGAGAUGCCCUUCGUUCUAAAAGACGUAUGGAUCGAGGAGGGGGCAUCGACGGAACGCGAAGUUCAGGAGCGCAUGUUCAAGGACAUCGAGGAGAAAUGGAAAGACGUCAAUGUGGACACUGACCCUCGUUUCCAAAAGGUGCAGGCUGAAGCGCGGAAGCUGAAGGCCGAAGUUCUCAACAAAGGCUACAAGAAAUGGUUCCUUACCAUUAGGGUGGAUUGUGUUGGCGGAACGACCAGGCUCGCGCCGCGGAAUGCUCCUCGCCGCAGGGGCCUGUUGCUCAAGGAGCAGGAUGUUCCGCCACCUGGAUCCCAUUCUGGUACUACACACCCAUUAUCGCAGGCCCAGUCGCCCGAUCUUCCCCGACAGUUCGCCGCAAAGAAGCAGUAUCGCACCGUCGUCGAGGAGGUGUGCACUCCUGUCGGAGACCUCAAGCGAUCAGACCAAGUCUUUCACGUUCUUUAUGGAGCCAUUCAAGCGCUUCUAUUGAUGUUUGUCGGCCGCUGGGUUCAUCGGGACAUCAGUUCUGGCAAUGUACUUGGCCUCCUUGAGGCUUCCGCCGACUCUGGGGAGCGGUACCAGGCCAAACUGGGUGAUUUGGAGUAUGCGAGGCGAUACCCUCCUGCUGAUGACUAUGUUGCCGGAACUGACCCGAAGGUGGGAACGCCAUUCUUCAUGCCAUGCGAAAUUCUACUUGGCGCCCCUUUUCGGGAUGAAGAGGACGGCGAGGCCGGCGAGGACGAUGAUUUAUUUCAGGGCGUAAGCCAGAAAGUCGUAGCCCCCAUAGUUCAUCACUUCCUCCACGACUUGGAAUCAGUCUGGUGGAUCGCGGUAUGGACGCUACUUACCCGCAUCUCCCACGGCCCAGCCAAAGACUUAGCCGACCGCAUUUUCCUCAACGACAUCAGAGCAUGUAAGGACUCGGCGAGGAUCAAGUUUUUAAAGAAAAUCAGCAUCCGUCCCCAUGUUCUGACCGGGCUCGAAACAGCUGCUGAGGUACUGGAGAACUCGGGAGGAAAGCUGCGCCACCGUCUCUACGAACAUGGUAGAGCAUUGGAUUUGGGAUCCGCGCUGGAUUCCGACGCUGUGAAUGCUAUCCACAGCCGAGGCUUUGCAACCAUGGUCUUCCAGGGUGGGCGCCUGUAUUUGACCUGA